AUGGAUACAGCCAUUGUUAUUAUCAUAGUAUGUGCUUGUCUUAUUUUUCUUGGUUGUUUACCGGGUAUACUGUGCCCAUACCAUAGAAGGAACUUACAGCAAAGAAGUGAUCAAUCUCGAAGCAGAACUACAAGAGAUGGAAACAUGGUUGUUUUAGCAGGAGCUGGUGCAGGUGCAACCGCUGUAACAGCCGUUUCAGCAAACGAUAGUACUACUGUCGACGAUGAGCGAAAGCGUGCUGAAGUUACAAUUGAUUUAGGAGCUGCUGCUGAGGCAACUGUUAUGGCUACACAAGGUUGUUGCUGCGGUGGUGGAGGUUGCGGUGGUGAUGGUGGUGGUUGUGGCAGUUGUGGUGGAGAUUAA